GCAGAAGCUAGCGGCCCUCCGGGAUGUCCUGAAGCUGGAUCUGCGAAGAGAAACUUGCAGCCGGGCCCGGGGCUACUGGGGACACCACCCGGCCCACCCCAUCUCGCUGAACGACUGAGGGUCUGGCCAUUUCCUUGCGGUGCCGUCGGCGCUUAGCCGAUCUCCCGGGCGGCCCGGGUCAGGUCCCCACCAGCCACGCCGGCUGCCCGGGCAGGAGCGCGCCAUGCUCCGGCUCCUGGCGCUGCUGCUCCCGCUGCUGCUGCCGCCGCCCAUGGGCGCCCAGGAGCCGUCCGCGCAAGACGUGAGCCUGGGCGUGGACUGGCUGACCCGCUAUGGCUACCUGCCGCCACCUCACCCUGCCCAGGCCCAGCUGCAGAGCCAGGCAAAACUGCGGGAUGCUAUCAAGGUCAUGCAGAGGUUUGCGGGACUGCCAGAGACAGGCCUCCUGGACCCAGUGACAGUGGCCACCAUGCAUAAGCCCCGCUGCUCCCUGCCCGACGUGCUGGGGGUAGCGGGGCUGGUCAGGCGGCGGCGGCGGUAUGCUCUAAGUGGCAGCAUGUGGAAGAAGCGAACCCUGACAUGGAGGGUCCACUCUUUCCCCCAGAGCUCAGCACUGAGCCAGGAGACAGUGCGGACCCUAAUGCACCAUGCCCUGACCACCUGGGGUGUUGAGUCAGGCCUCAGAUUCCAGGAGAUGGGUUCUCAGGGCCCGACAGAGCCUGACAUCCUCAUCGACUUUGCCCGGGCCUACCAUCAGGACAGUUACCCCUUCGACGGGCAGGGGGGCACCCUCGCCCAUGCCUUCUUCCCUGGGGAGCACUCCAUCUCUGGGGACACUCACUUCGACGAUGAGGAGACCUGGACCUUUGGGUCAAAAGAUGGUGAAGGAACCGACCUGUUUGCCGUGGCUGUACAUGAGUUUGGUCACGCCCUGGGCCUGGGCCACUCCUCAGCUCCCGACUCCAUCAUGAGGCCCUUUUACCAGGGCCCAGUGGGCAACCCCACUGAGUACCGCCUGUCCCAGGAUGACCGCGAAGGCCUCCAGCAGCUCUACGGGAAAACACCCCAAACCCCUUAUGACAAGCCCACAAGGAAACCCCUGGCUCCUCCUCCCCCACCCCCUGCCCUGCCCCCGGACAGCCCCUCCCAACCCGUUCCUGAUCGAUGUGCUGGAAAUUUUGACGCCAUUGCCAACAUACGAGGCGAAACUUUCUUCUUCAAAGGCCCCUGGUUUUGGCGCCUCCAGCCCUCGGGACAGCUGGUGUCCUCCCGGCCCGCCCGGCUCCACCGCUUCUGGGAGGGGCUGCCGCCCCAGGUUACGGUCAUCCAGGCCGCCUACGCCCGGCACAGAGACGGCCGGAUCCUCCUCUUCAGCGGUGCGCAGUUCUGGGUGUUCCGGGACCGGCAGCUGGAGGGCGCCGCGCGGCCGCUAGCGGACCUGGGGCUGCCCCCGGGGGGGGCGGUGGACGCCGUGUUCUCGUGGCCGCUGAACGGGAAGACCUACCUGAUCCGGGGCCAGCGGUACUGGAGGUACGACGAGGCGGCGGCGCGCCCUGACCCCGGCUACCCACGCGACUUGAGCCUCUGGGAGGGGGCGCCUCACUCCCCCGACGACGUCACUGUCAGCAACACAGGUGACACCUACUUCUUCAAGGGCGCCCACUACUGGCGGUUCCCCAAGGGCAGCGUCAAGGCCGAGCCGGACUCCCCCCAACCCAUAGGCCCUAAGUGGCUGGACUGCCCCGCCCCCAGCGUUGGCCCUCGCGCCCCCAGGCCCCCCAAGGCGACUCUUCAGCCUGGAGCCUGCGACUGUCAGUGCGAGAUCAGUCAGGCGGCGGGGCGGCCGUCCGUGCCCCUCCUGCUGCCCCUUCUGCCCCUGCUGCUGGGGGGCGUCGCCUCCCGCUGAGGUGGGACCCGUUGAAAUACAGAUGGGGCCGGAUCUCCCACCGCGGGCCCUUGGGGAUAAUUGUGGAAACCUAGGUCCCGGGCUGGGUGGAGCUCAUCGAGGACGCAGCUGGGCGGAUGCAGGUGGACCUACAAUCAGGGAUGAGCUGGAGGGCGGUGACAAAGGGCUGGCCCUUGGCCAGGUCACUGCAUAUAGUCCUUUCCUCACCUCGCCCCUGGAAAUCUGGACUCUGGCUGCACUGCAACCUCUGAAGACUCUCCUUCUCCCGGAACACCUAGCCUUUCUUGGAGCUCAACCAGCUGACUCCCUGUAGCUACGGCCCCGCCUGGCAACAACAGCUGUCCCAAGCCCUUUGGGUCUCUACAGGACAGGCCUGGUUGGAAAAAUGAAACUGAGCCUCCCUCUCUACCGGCUGCUCUCAAGUCUCUCAUCCUGUCCCGCUUCCACCACAUCCCAGUCAAGGCCACAUUGGUGGGGUCCCCACCCAACCCUGACCAGCCCCAAUCACUAGUGUCCCACAUCCUUGUGCCAUCAGUGGCCACAUGGAUGACACUCCACAAUCCAGCCCACCAUGGACUUCUUUCUGGUCACCACCCUGGUACAUGAAAUGCCCACACUUAAAAUGACACACUUCUAUACCUAAACUAUCCCUCACACCUCCACACGAGUGGGUGCCGCCUCCUCCAGGAUAACUGCUAGCCUGCCAUCAGCUCUGUGCUCGGGGGAGACAGUGGACUGGUUCCCUCUCAAUCUAAGGUCAUUGCCUCUUCAGCGCUCCUGGGUGGCGAGUAGGUGGAAUCUUGUCCACCUCAUUGACCACCCCCCUGCAACUCCCUACAGCAUUUAGGAUCUAAACCAGUGCUUCUGCAACUAUCUUUUUGGAAUAUUCCACACAAGAAUGAUCCAGGGGACUUAGAAAGGAGUUCCCAUGCCCGCACUCUGAGUCCUCACUCUGGGCUGGAUGAGGGGCAGAAUCUGCAUUUGAAAGAGCUGGGUGGUGAGUGGCCCUGAUAGGCAUGUGAGCUGGGCCAGCAGCUGCCAUCUCUGUGUGUGAUUCUUGAUGCUUUUCUGUGUCUGUGCCGUGUUCUCCCUCCCAGGGGCCAACCUCUUCAUGUUCCCUCCAAAGCCAAGCUGAUGGCCUUGGUUGAGACAGGCCCAUCCUGCAUGGAUGGAGUCACUUAGCAUCCACUUCUCAGGAUGCCACUCAGCCUCAGUGACCCCACAGUGCUGCCCAGAGCCGAGGCUGUGGGCUGCAGCCUUGCCCACCUUGGUCACAACGAGCAGACCAGUAGGAGGGCCACAGCCAGGUGUCUUGAACCAACCUGGGACAUGAGAAUUCUAAGCCACCAGAAGGCCAUCCGGGCCUCUGUCAGGAUCCUUUUGAAGUAUGAGGAGGAGGAAACUUGGAUUUUAAAAGCUUGUCAGCCCCACCAGGAGGCAAUAAAAAUGAGAAAGCCCUUCA